UUAAACUCUGGUCCUCACGAGAACUCAUUUUUUUCUAGACGCAUCUACCAACCCAGGGGGAGAGUGUGGGGUGGAUCGUCGUCACUGAAUUCCAUGGUGUACAUCAGAGGUCAUGCUUAUGAUUAUGAUCGCUGGGAGAAGGAAGGUGCUGAAGGCUGGUCAUAUGCUGACUGUUGGCCAUACUUCAGGAAGUCACAGACUCAUGAAUUAGGUCCAGAUGAUUACAGAGGAGGUGAAGGUCCUCUCCAGGUGUCACGUGGCGAGAAACUAGACAAUCCUUUAUACCAAGCAUUUAUUGAUGCAGGCGUCCAAGCCGGCUAUCCCUUCACAGAAGACAUGAAUGGCUAUCAGCAAGAAGGAUUUGGUUAGAUGGACAUGACAAUUCACAAAGGAGUACGGUGGAAUACACCAAAUGCAUACCUCAGACCUGUAUUGAGGCGUAAAAGCCUCCGAGCACAAACAAGUACAAUGAUCACCAAGAUCAUUUUUGAGAGGAAUUGUGCUGUAGGAUUCGAGUACCACUUAGGAAGUCAAUUGAAACGGGUCAGGGCCAGGAAAGAGGUUUUUUUAUCUUCUGGAGCGAUUAAUACACCGCAGAUAUUGAACUUGUCUGGGAUCGGAAACGCUAAUGAUCUGCAGAAGCUUGGUAUCCCCGUGAAGGUUCAUCUUCCUGGUGUAGGGUACAAUCUGCAGGACCAUUUGGACGUAUCUUUACAACAGGAAUGUACUCAACCCUUAAGUUUGUACCGCUCUCUUAAGUGGUGGAACAUGGUUCCUAUUGGAGUCAAGUGGUUCCUCACCAGGACUGGGCCGUGUGCCACUGCACAUCUGGAGGCUGGUGGCUUUAUCCGCAGCAGGGAAGGCCUAUCUCACCCUGAUAUCCAGACCACUUUUAUACCUUUAGCUUAUAAUGAUCAUGGCAGAGUGACUGUACAGAGAGAAGCCUAUCAGGUUCAUGCUGGCACGUUGCGUCCUACAAGUCGUGGAUAUGUGAAGUUGAAGUCUUUGAAUCCAUAUGAACAUCCUCUUAUCAACCCGAACUACCUGUCCACUGAACAAGACAGAGUGGAAUUAAGGGACGCUGUUCGGCUCACAAGAGAAAUAUUUAACCAGAAGGCUUUGGAUCAUUUUCGCGGCAAAGAAUUACAGCCAGGUGACCUCGUUCAAACGGAUGAAAAAAUCGAUGCCUGGGUAAGACAGACCGCUGACACUGUUUAUCACUCAUCAUGCGCCUGCAAGAUGGGCGCCGAAGAUGACGCAAUGGCGGUAGUUAAUAACAAAACAGAAGUAUUCGGAGUGGAAAAUCUUAGGAUUGUUGACGCGUCAAUCAUGCCAAGUAUUGUGAAUGGAAAUCUCAAUGGACCAACUGUUAUGAUGGCGGAGAAGGCAGCUGAUAUCAUCCUAGGAAAUUCACCACUGCCUAAAUCAAAUGCGCCAGUGUACAAGACACCAGAAAUGGGACAAAGAUAGAUUACGUGGAUGUGAAUACGAUAGUCUUAUAUCACUGUUUAGGUUACUAGCGACCAGAAUUAGAGUUUUAACAUAUUAGGGUAACGCUUGGCAUCGACUAACCCAGCCUCAGCUCAAUGCUAUUUAAUCAAUGCUCUCUGGAAAAAGAUAACUGGAUUGCUCAAAGGGUGGAAAAAAAAAAGAAUACAUGUUAUAACAACAAAUAACGUCAUCCACUGGAUAAUGACUUAACCGGUCUAAUACCAUUAUACAUUCUUGGCAUAACUUGCUCCUAGUGUAGUGAGGAUCACGUGCUUAGUCUGGACACGCCCCUUUUUAAGGUUUACUCACUAUGGCGAGUGGGUGUGGGUGGAGACUGGAGACUACUCCUAUCUGCUUUUAUGUCAGAAUCGCGCCAACAUUUAAGUACUUAUAGCUACUUCAAAACUUACUAACCGGUCCUACGGGACGAUUCUCCACGACUAAAACAGUUCUGUGAUAAUUUUAAAUUUGAAAAUAAAAAUUAAGGAUCUGCCUGCCAGAUGGCGUCAUACAGCUGACAUGGAGAAGGUCCAUAUAUCCUCAAAUUAGCGCCCGGGGCGCUUAUAUCAAAUUUAGGAGAAGACGGGGGGCGCUUAUUCGAGGGAGGCACUUAGUCAAGUGCUUUUCCGAAAUCGCGGUCAGAUCGAGGUUUUUUGUUAUACAUAUAUGUGUCAGUCCCUCAGAAGUCUCAGAGAGAUCCUGUCUCUCUUUACGAACUACGUAAAAUGACACCUUUAGCCGGUCUAGGCCUGUUGCACAAGGUUGGUUGGGCUUUAGGCAAUGAAUCAGCAGAUCUUCACCGCCAUCCGUUGCGACGGUCAAUUCGCAGUGCUUGAAUGAGUCGACAAUCACUUGCUUGUGAUUGAACACGACUAAAACUAUACAUUCCUUGUUGUCUCAGUACUCUUCCAUUAAACAGGAGGAGGGGACAGGGGCGCUUAGUCGAGGGGAGGCACUUAUUUUAGAUUUUGGCUGGUAAGAGGGGCCGCGCUUUUUCCAAGGGACGCCUAUCUGAGGGGGGACUCUAUUUCGAGGAUUUACGGUACCAGGAACCCAUCACUAGGAGCGUGCAACUACCCCAUAUUCCUGUCACGACGU